CCGGCGUUACGUCGCUCGAAACGAUGCAGGGCAAACGCGGUAUCUGUCCGUACCUACUAAUCUGCCUUGGCGUGUGCGUUCACUCGGCUGAUAUUUCUCUCGAAGAUGCGGCCGAAAAUCCUCUGGACAUCGAUAGACUCUCGAGCGUGGUCAACGAUCUGUUCAACUCGACCGACGAUUUGGAUCCCUCGCUGAUCUUGCAGGAUUUCGUGAGGCACCCGCUGCCCAUCAGCAAUUCCACGAUCGAGAUCUCAGACGGUCGACUCGAGUGCUACGAUCUGAUGCUCCAUGGGCUCAACAGUGUUUUCAUUCGAGAGGCCAUCGCGAACAUAUCGGGCCAGUACUUCAGUUUCUCGCUCGAGGUACCCUCGGCCCAGCUGAGAGGGAUGCAGAAAACGGCCAUCCAAGUUUCUUUCGUAGCUCUGAAUUCGCAUGGCAAGCUCGAACUGAACGUCAGUGACGUCUCGAUCUUCGGGAACGCGUCGCUCAAGAACACACCGACAGGAUUACAAGUCGAUUCCGUCCGCGCGAAGCUGGAGGUGGGUGCGGUGUCGGUCGCCAUUGAGGGUUUCUCCGAUUUAGCUCAAGGUCUAUUGAGCUUCGCCGGGAAAGAAAUCUUCGAUUACACCAAGCAGUCCAUGCUGAACGACUUCGAAAACGCCAUGACGAGAUAUGCGAAUGAAGAGCUCUUGAGAAGAAUUCCGGCAAACCUGAUUAAAUACGAGGAGGAUAAGCGUUUGAUAGACUCCAUAGUCCAACGAACAACAAGCACUCUCGUCGAAAAGGGCCUCGAACCUCAGGAGCUCCGACCGUAUCAGGCCCGAAUCGAUAAACUCUUCGUCCAGGGCGAAGUCGAAGUCACGAAUGCGUCGCUGGCUGGGCUCUCGACUUUCAGGCGGACCGGGGAUGUCUUGAUGCUCUACUCGAAUCGAACAUUGAUCCUGGAAGCGAGCUUCGGUUUUGAGAACUUGACCACCAAGUUCGAUUGGUCAGCGAAGCUUCUUGGAGUCGGACCCAAAGGUACGGCUCAGCUGAUUGUCACCGACACCAGAGUGAGGAUACGGAUAACUUUCCCGCUCCGGCGGGAGGCUCAGCUGCACGUUGAACGGAUCGAUAAAGUACGAAUUGGACACAUCGUCACUAAUAUCCAUGGACUGGGAACGGGAGACGCCGUGAGCGAGAUCAUCAUCAAUCUCAUGUCGAACAUUUUCAAAUACGACCUCGCCAAUUUCGUCAUUCAGACCGCCAAGGACCAGAUUCAAGAAGAAAUAAAUGCUAUAGAUUUGUGGACCUUCUCCAGGAAAAUCACCGCUUGAAAGCCUCAGUAGGGAUGUCAAUAGCUACCCGAAAUGCGUAGAGUCCGCUUUUCCGGGACAGCUUACUCUGCGCUCGACGCGGAUUGAAUAAAGAGAUCGACGAUAAUUAA